UGCUCAGUGCUAAUUACAAAGAUAAGCUUAUCAUCACACAGGACAGGACAGAAAGUGUUGUGGACUCCAACGUUGUAAGUCGGCGAAGGACCUUAGGGAAAAUUUAUUGUAUUAUCUGCAAACAACUUUUAUUUUAAGGAUGGCAACAAAAUGGGGAAUUGUAAGUGCUGGUAAAAUCAGUCAUGACUUUGUUGUUGCUUUAAGCACACUCUCCCAGGAAGAACACAAAGUUGUGGCUGUGGCUGCCAGAGAUCUUGAAAGAGCACAGGCCUUUGCAGACCUUCAUAAAAUUCCUUCUGUAUAUGGUUCAUAUGAAGAACUUGCAAAAGAUCCUAAUGUUGAUGUUGUAUACAUUGGAGCUGUCCAUCCGCAGCAUCUUCCUAUUGGAAAGAUGAUGUUGAAUAAUGGGAAGCCUAUACUCUGUGAAAAGCCAUUGACUAUGAAUUUGAAAGAAACAACUGAACUGAUUUCAUUAGCAAGGGAGAAAGGAUUGUUUUUGAUGGAAGCAAUUUGGUCUCGUUGUUUUCCUGCAUAUGACAUGCUGAGAAGGGAAAUGGAAGCAGGGAAUCUGGGUGAAAUCGUCCAGGUUAUUGCUAGUUUUGGCUGUCCAAUAGAAAGUGUUGACCGCAUGAGGUUGAAGGAGCUUGGUGGUGGAACUAUACUUGAUCUAGGAGUUUACUGCCUGCAGCUAGCUGUGCUCGUAUUUGGUCCUGUGAAUCCGACACACAUUGUUGCUUUGGGACAUUUAAAUGAGUUUGGAUGUGAUGAGAGCAUGGCAUGUGUUUUAAAGUAUGAAGGUGGUAAAACAGCAGUUCUGAGCACAAAUGCCCGUGCACUUCUUCCAAAUGAAGCAUAUAUAAUUGGGACUAAAGGGAGUAUAAAAAUACCAAACUUUUGGUGCCCUACAAGUUUGGCAACACCAGAGAAGACAUGUGAUUUCAUACUACCAACAGCAUCAAAGUCAUUUAAUUUUGUAAAUAGUGCAGGUCUACGCUAUGAAGCUAUGGAAGUUCGCCGUUGCUUGAGGGAAGGAUUGCUAGAAAGCCCCAAAAUAACCCAUGCUGAAAGUAAACUGAUUGCUGAAUUGGAAGACAAAUUGAGAAAAGAAAUUGGAGUUACAUAUGAACAAGAUGAGUAGUUGAAGCUUGGUAUUCAUUUGCACACUAUGUUAGCAAAAAGGUGUUAUUUUCAUAAUUACCUGCAUUUUCAGGGAAAACUGGGAGUAAAAUGUACAUAUGUGAGUCUGUGGAUGUUGUGAUAAUGCUUGACAGACUUUCUUGAAUUUUAUUUUUGUGCUUAGCAAUAUUCAUAAAAUAUUGUAGCACUCAGCUGUGUUUUACUCAACCGCCUGUCGGCAUCUUAAAUUCUCAUGGGUUUUAUGUGUAAUAUAUUGGUUAUGCUAUGACUGUAACAAGUAGAGUACUGAUGAGAGGACGUACAGCAUCAAGUCAAAAAUGAAAAAUACAAAUAUGAAAAUAGUAGUGACUAGUUUGCUGUAAAUUAUCUCAUAAGUAACAUUAAAUUCUAGUUUAGUGGAUCUCUAUGAAAAUUUCUAACUCUUUUUUUUUUAAGUAUAUA